AGUGGUGUUUUGGAAGCGUGAGGCACUCGUGUGCACCAGCAAAGAAUACUCUUGUAUUCUUCUUCUUUUCGCUGUUCGGCCAUGAAGUCAUCAAAUAAAGACGAUGCGUCAUCUUCUGAGCAAGACGAAGAGGAUGCCGCAGUUUUUAUUUAUGAUCGUAGAGCUGGCAGCAGGCCGGAAGAGAAGAUUCAGUUAGGCGGCAUAUUCAAUUUUACCACUUUCAAAGAAAAGACCCGAACAGCUUUCAGUAUUUCCGAAAAUGAAACAUUUGUGAUAGUCACCACGAAUCGACAGGAAAUCUUGGACGACAAAACGUAUGAAGAGUUAGUGGAUGGAAAUGAAACACUUUACAUCUUACAAUCAGCUGAUCAAGAGCUCAGUGCUCCAACUGAAGAGAGAGUGGAAUACAUCCCUCAUUACGACACCUUGGUCAAAAGUGGCAUGUACGAAUAUUAUGCCAGUGAAGGUCAAAACCCCUUACCGUUUGCUUUUGCGGAACUUGUUGACAAUGCACUCGCUGCCACUGCAGAUAAUGAAGGCCCAAGAAAAAUUGAGAUAAGACUGAUGUUUGAUGACUCUGUUGGAAAAGCUGUAGUCUGUGUCCUUGAUAAUGGAGCUGGGAUGACAUCCAAGGAACUUAACAACUGGGCUAUCUAUCGGUUAUCCAAGUUCAAUCGCCAGAAUGAAAGGAAAAUUGCAGCAGAUGUUCCGAGGUCUUUAAACAGUGAUAUUUCAUACUUUGGUGUUGGUGGAAAGCAAGCCAUAUUCUUCAUUGGAGAUGCUACCCGGAUGAUUACAAAAUCCAAAGAAUGCAAUGACAUCCAUGAGCUUUGUAUAUCUCAAGCAGAGUUUGAGCGAAGGGAAAAGAAGAAGGAGUCCAUUUAUGGUGGAGCUAUACUCAACAGGAGGGCUGGAGACCAUGAGCAUAUCGCUGGUGACGAGGACAAUGUCAAGAAACUAGUGCAAGAAGAGCCAAACAAGGAGAGCUUUACUGCUGUGGUUAUAACAGGAAUCAAACCAGAACACAUCCUUUAUUUAAAGUCACAUUUUAAGCACUGGUGCAGGCAGUUAGCACACAUUUAUCAUUACUACAUUCAUGGGCCACGUGGAAAUGAUAAACCUGUUGGUAGAGGAACGACUGCAAGUCCAUUCAGAAAUAUUGAUAUACAGGUUGUCCUCUUUGAAAAAGGCAAACAGGCCAAAAGAGUACAACUUCGCGAUAUUGAUGAUGACAUGCAGACCCAGUACAUCAGAUCAGCAGCUUCAGUGUUUGAGUUCCGUGCCCGUGCAGAAUCAGGUGGGGUGGUGGAGGGUGUCCUUCGGUACCAUCCAUUCCUUUAUGACAGAGAGACAUACCCAACACUCGAGGGAGAAAUUCCAGUUGUUGAGACUCCAGAAGAACUGGCUGAUCCAAUUGAAAGAGACAGUCGAGCACCCAGAGGCAGUCGUCCAAUAUUUGAGUGCUACUGGAAUGGUCGACUUAUUCCAUACACUGCUGUUGAUGUGCUUGAAUGGUGCCAGCCCCCAAAGAAGUGGACUAUUCCACAGGAGUGUUAUCACAGAUUUUCAGGUUGCUUGUGGACAAAUGAUGCAUUCCAAGUCAGUACAAACAAGUUAACUUUUAUGGAUUUGGAAGUCAAAAUCAAAGACAAGAGUACAAUUUUCAGCAGAGUUAUUUUAGGACAGGAACAAAGGGUGAACAUUGCAAGAGCGUUUCAUGACUGGGUGAGAGAAUGUCAUGAAAACCAUGACAAACAGGUCAAAUUCAUUGGCUUUCAAGGGCAGAUUAAACGUCCAGAUCUACCACAGAAGCGAAACCAAAGUCCUUGGUGUGUUUUUAACUCCAUUGAGUGGGACGGAAAGAUCUUUAAAGUAGGGCAGUUGAUAAGGACACAACGGACAAUACCAAUGAUUUGUGGAACAGUGAAAAGAUUUCUUCUGUUUGGUGAUCAUGAUGGAGAUGUGUUUGCUACUGGAGGAGAGAUGGAGAUAGUCCAGGAGCCAGUUUCUUUAUAUGGAGACACUAAGUUCUUUUCCUUGGCCAAGUUAGAUCGAUCACUGAACCUUGCUUCAAUUAAGAAGUUUGUUGAAGAGGAAGAAGCAAAGUUACCAAGUAAACUGGUGUUAGAGUGGCCUGAACACGAUAAGCUGGACCCUAAUUCUAAAAUACCUGCAGGAACCACUAUAGGUGCCAUGAAAGUAGAUAUUUUAAAUGGAAAGGGUGAAUCUGUAAGUAAACUGCCUGGUGACAGAAGGCGACUGUUGGUGGAACUAAAGGUUAUUUGGCAUGGUAAUGACAAAGAUGGCAAUAAAGUGAUAACAAAUCAUGUCUGCCAACAUGGAGGAAAGAGUUGGCCUUACUGGUUCAGAAAAAUGGAGAAUAUUACCCAUCUUGGUCCACAUACUCUUCAGCUCCAGGUAUUGCUGGGUGAUACUUCAACUGCGCCUUCAAUAAAGAGUCUUCCAUGUCAUCGCAUUAAGUUCACUGUCACAGAGGCUCAUCCAAAUAAAUUUACAGUUGGGAUGUUGGAGACACCACUCAGAGUAGGAGUACCUUUCCAGAUUCCUCUUAAUCUGUUGGAUGAGUUCAACAACCCUUCAAAAUUGGGUGAUGAGAUUUCUCCAGUUUUAAGUGCAAGUGGCCUGGAGCUGACACAUCAGGGAACAUCAGUAAAGGGGAACAGCCUCAUUGUUAAGGGUGUUGUUGCUCUGGGCUCUGUGCCGUCACAUGCAGGAAAGGACUUUAAUUUAAAAAUCACCCUACCUGGACUUGAAGAAGGUUCACAGAGCUUAAAGAUCAGGCUACUACCAGGUCCUCCAGAAUCAUUGGUAGUUACACCAGAUGGUGAAGAUGUCACUGUUGAAAACAACAGUCCUCUUCAAAUACAAGUGCAAGUCCAAGACAAAGCUGGAAACCUUACAGUUCAACCUAGACUUAAUGUUGUCUGCAAGCUUACAGGCACACCAGGCCUACCAACAUAUAUUGGGGACUGCAGCUCAUCAGGAAAAGCCACUCUGACUGGUGUAGACAUCAGUCUGAAACAAAUUAAUAAGAAUACAAAGCUCAAGGCCAAGAUCGAAUUACAGCAUCACAAGGAAGUUGCUGCAGUAGAGAAGACCAUUGUUGUGAUGCCAAGCAGUAAAGCAGCAGUGCUGGAAGUGUUUCACCAAGCAGCUGACGACAAACCAAAGAAGAAAGUGGAGGAUGGACAGGAGCUGCCUUGUGUGGCUGGCAACUUGCUGUCCGGAUUAAGUUUUAGAAUUCUAGAUGAAGGUCAGCGAGAAGUGAAUAUUGACAACUCAUUGGCUAGCAGAUUCAAGGUGAACUGGACUCCUAAGGUUGCUAAAGAAAUCAUCAAGCAAGGAAUUCUUCCAGAUGUCAAGGCUCCACUGUCUUGUGAUGAACCAAAAUAUUGUCAAGUAAGCAUGACUGGUGGAGCAGGACUGGAGUUUUCUUUUACAGUAAAACCUCUAGCUGAUGUACCUAACAUCCUGAAGUGUUCUUGUGAUGAGCCUUUCAUGAGAUUAGGGGAACCUCUGGUAUCUGACAUUAUCCUGUCAGUAACUGACAAACAUGGCAACAAAACUGGGAAGUUACCAAGCAAUGUGCUGCCGGAAUUUCAUGUUUCCUCAGAGGGAUUGAAAGAGCGUGAAGUUCAGUUAGGAUUCACUGCUGAGGGAAAUAUAGUGAUCAAGAACAUCCAAUUUGAAGAUGGACCUCUUGGACACAGAGAGCUUACCAUUAAAUGGAAGGAAAUGAAGUGUUAUCAAAGACUAGAGGUCACAGCAGGUCCACCGGCAAAACUUAAGAUUAUUGACAUUGAUCAUUCUGAGCCGCUGUCAGUGUAUAAUGACACCAGAAUGCCUAUUCCGCUUAUUGUGCAACUGUGUGACAAGCUUGGAAACCCCUCACAUGAGUCAAAUGUCAAGGUGGUCUUGAACUGUGACAGAGGGAUUAAGCUGACUCCGACACCUUCAGGUCAGAAGACAGAUGACAAAGGCCAAGCCACCUUUGGUCAUCUCACUGUCAGUGCAGUAAGAGGAAUGUAUGGAAUAAGGAUCAAGGCUCUCCUUGGACGAACAGCGAUAGAUGCACCAACUAUCAACGUGAGAGUGGAGCCAGAUCCAUCCAAAGCUGUAAAGCUGAGUGUGACGUUUGACUCCAAGGCUCCGUGUGUGGUAGGAGAGUUGUUACCAGCUGUGUCAGCUCACGUAGUUGGGGAGGAUGAGGCAGUGAUGAAGGCAGCGAGUGCUAAAGACUUGGUAUUAAAGAUAUGGCACUCCAAGGAUGGCCCGGUAUCUGACAAACCUCCAGCUCGGGCUACAACUUUAUACCCAUCUAAAAGGAAAGUGUCAGAUACGGAAGGCGAAUUCUACUUUAGGGAUCUCAAGGUACCGGACGUUGCAGGGCCAUACUGUAUGGUGGUACAGUUUGGAUCAGGAGGAGCCGUCACUCUCUCAAGUAAACCGAUCACGUUUACUGCAAAGGCUGGACAACCAGUGAAGCUUGAACCAGAAACGAUUCCUGCUACUCCAACUGUGUCUAACACACAGAGAAACAACAGUCGAAUACUCGUCAAAACACUCAAACUACAGCUCAAGGACAAAUUUGACAACUUAACUGGCGAGAACCUGAGAGGUAAAGUACUUAUCAAGGUGACCACUCCAUCAGAAGGCAUAGAUGAGAUUCCCGCCCUGGCAGGGAAUGUGUAUUCCAUGGAGGUACCCCUCUUUAGGGGUGUGGCCACUGUACAGAACCUGCUCAUACAGGAAAACACUGCUGGCAAAGAUGGACAGGAGUACCUUCUGAACUUCGAAACUCAGAUCCCUGCUAAUGCCUCUCCUCAUCCUAUUCCGCCCUUCACACUGGCUUUCUUGUUUUACAAUGAUGUCAGGAAACAGCAGCAGAUGGCUCAGCUGACAAAAGAGAGAGAUCACUUGUUUGAGACGAUACGCACGUACCGGCUUCUGUUUGAAACGACACGACAACUUAUUAACGAGAUGCAAGUUUCAGUACACGAAGCCUCUUUACAAGAACAAAAGCUGAGAGGAGAACUUAGGAAACAGAACAUUCCAGCAAGUAGCUUAGCUACGCCUGCAGCAGUGACGUCACUUAUAGACGACUUGUCCAGAAAGAGAGAUCAGAUCGCCAGUACUCCCAGGAGACAGUGUCUCUUGCAUCCGGGACCAAGAGGAGACUCGGGGAUUCUGGGAAAGGUAGCUCAUUUAGCUCAAGUAGUGGAUGAUGACGUAGCGCGAGUAUUGUCUUGGCACAUGGCGUCUGAUAUGGACUGUGUUGUCACUCUUACUACUGAAAAGGUUUGUUUAAGAUCUGUAAUGAAUACUCAGGAGUGGGAGGCGCGGUGGCCUCAUGGUCAGUGCGCUCGUCUCCGGAUCAAGCGGUCGGGAUUCGAGCCCUGUCCGGGGACAUUGGACACCUGA